AGUUGCAGCCUGGAGUUCAGCCUGUGCCCAGCAGUGCUGCAUGCCCUUAAACGUCACAGUACACCGAGAUAAACCAAGCAUACUUCAGCACACACGCCUCGGAGCUUCUCGCCAGCUGUGGAGUGUGUUUAUGUUCGCGGCGGUGGGGUCGGACACUUCCUCGUCUGAAGUUGUAUCCGCGUCUGUGACAUACACCGCCAGAAGUGGCCCUGUCACUGAGACAUCGAGUGUCCCGAGUCGUCUUUCCACGUGAUGUUCCAGGACUACAGAUCUGGUCGAGCUGUAGGACUGAAUCCAUUAUCAUUUGACCCUGCCACAAACAACGAACCCCUUCAAUUCAGCAGCUCCAAUGGGGCACUGGUUCCUGACUGUCCUCUGGAGAACGGAACAGAAAACAGCAAGAAGAGAAAGAGACCCAACCUUCCUCCUGAGGGCCUCCGAAAUCUUGCCAUGGACUCUAACUCUUUGCCGAUGCCUAUGUCUGACCCUAACGCUUGGGCAACUGCUAUGAACAAUCUCGGGAUGGCACCCAUAAGUAUGACGGGCCAGCCUAUCAUGUCAGCAGAUUUUGACCCCAGCCUUGGCAUGAUGACUGGCAUCGCUCCAAUGAACCCCAUGAUGCCCGGCCUCGGGAUCGUGCCUCCGCCGGUUUCACAAGACAUGCCCAUCAUGAAGGAAAUCAUCCACUGCAAAAGCUGCACGCUCUUUCCGCCCAACCCCAGUGAGUCCUUUAGUGAACCAUUACUGGACCUCCCUCCCCCUGCCACCAGAGAGAGACCCCCGGGAUGUAAGACGGUGUUUGUGGGUGGUCUGCCGGAGAACGCCACAGAGCAGCUCAUCGUGGAAUUGUUUGAACAGUGCGGAGGUAUCAUUGCGAUCCGGAAGAGCAAGAAAAACUUCUGUCACAUCCGUUUUGCCGAGGAGCAAACAGUGGACAAAGCCCUGUUCCUGUCAGGUUACAGAGUCAGGCUGGGGUCAAGCACAGAUAAGAAGGACACGGGCCGGUUGCACGUAGAUUUCGCUCAGGCCAGAGACGACCUGUACGAGUGGGAGUGCAGACAGCGGAUGCUGGCCCGGGAAGAGAGGCACCGUCGCAGGAUAGAGGAAGACCGUCUGCGGCCCCCCUCCCCACCCCCCAUCGUUCAUUACUCUGAACAUGAAUGCAGUCAGCUAGGAGAGAAGCUGAAAGACGACUCCAUAUUUCCCGAGGCGGUCCGUGUCCUGUUGACCUGGGUGGAGCGAGGGGAGGUAAACCGUAGGAACGCCAACAACUUCUACUCAAUGAUCCAGUCCUCCAACAGCCACAUUCGCAGACUGAUGAGCGAGAAGGCCGCCCAUGAGAAGGAAAUGGAAGAAGCCAAGGAGAAGUUCAAGAACGCCCUUUCUGGGAUUUUAGUGCAAUUUGAGCAGAUUGUGUCUGUAUUCCACGCUUCUUCCAAACAAAAGGCAUGGGACCAUUUCUCCAAAGCCCAACGCAAGAACCUGGACAUGUGGCGGAAGCAAGCCGAGGAGAUCAGGAACAUCCACAACGAAGAGCUGAUGGGAAUUCGGAGAGAGGAGGAAAUGGAGAUGUCAGAUGAUGACAUGGAAGACGCUCCUGAAAGCAAAGACUCUGAGGACUCAGGACCGCUGGCUCAGGUGGAGGCUCUGAAAGAAGAGAACGACAGUCUGCGGUGUCAGCUGGACGCCUACAGGAACGAGGUGGAGCUGUUGAAACAGGAGCAGGGUAAAGCGCAGCCCCAUCGCAGCGAGGAGGACGCCACCCGCCAGCAGCAGCUCAGCUUCCUGCAGCAAGCACUGCAGGGCAUGCAGAAGCAACUGCUAAAGCUCCGCGAGGAUCUAAAACAGAGGGAGACGGAGCUUGAGAAGAACUCCGAGGAAAAACAACAGCUCGAAAGCCAGAUCCAAAGUCUGAAAGAGCGAAUUCAAGCUUUCCCCGCAUCACACGCGCUGCCCCUGGAGACGAGCGAACGGGAGGAAAGAGGAAGUGAUGAAAGUGCAAAUCACGCAAGCGAGGCGGCAGCGUCAGCUGUGGUGUCCUGCAGCCAGGAGAAAGAGAACCUGCCGGAGAAGAGCCCUCCCAGCCCCGUGAAGUCAGAGCGAGAAGCUCUGCUCGUAGGAAUCAUCUCAACGUUUCUUCAUGUCCAUCCUUUUGGUGCCAGCAUUGAAUAUAUCUGCUCCUAUUUACAGAGAUUGGACACUAAGAUCAGCACCACAGAGGUGGAGACACUACUGGGUCGGCUGCCAUGUACAUUCAAGCAGGAGUUGACAGGUGUCGGGGCUAGCUUAGAGAAACGCUGGAAGUUCUGCGGUUUUGAGGGCAUUAAGACGGCGUAGAGACACGGGUUGGGUCAUACAGCGAGACUCAAAGUAAACGGCCAACAGAUGGGAGGGAUUUCAACCAAUCAACUGCCAGCUUUCUGUGUCCAUGAGCGCAGCCACAAAGGGGUUUUAUUGUGGGAAUUUCAGAAAACACUCCAACCCAGGAGUAAACACUUCAAACCUGGAGCUCUUCAAGACUUCCGAGUGUGUGUAGUGUGGUGUAGUAUGUGUACACCCAAGCACAUGUUGGUGUGUGUGUGUGCGUGCGUGCGUGUGUGUGUACGUCGGUUCCACCUGAAUGGACAACAUGAUGUGCUGCGGAAGUCGGAUUUAAAUCAGGGUCUGAUGUUGAACCGAUGACUGAACUGUCAACCUAGUUUUUCUUUCACAUUGAAUUUGUACAAAAAAGAAAACAACUUAUAAAUAACAUGAAUAUAUUUCUUCUUUUCUGUAUAGACUGCACAAAGCUGCGUAGAAUCUUUUGUUCAUAUACUCUGUACAUGUUUGAAUAACUUGCUAUUUUUAAAUAAAAAACAGACGGAAAUCU